AUGAGGGAGUUGAAUAUGGAUGCCACAACAACAAGAUAUCAUAGGUCUUUGGAGUUGAAUGAGAUGGAUGAGUUUCGUAAUGAGGCCUAUGAGAACGCCAAGAUCUAUAAAGAGCGUACUAAAGCUUGUCAUGAUAAAAAUCUUGUUCGCAAGGAGCUUCAACCUGGGCAACAGUUAAGAUGGCCAAGGCCAUUUACGGUGGUUAAAGUAUUUCCUUAUGGGGCAGUGGAGUUGCAAGGAAAGGAUCGAGAGAUGUUUAAGGUGAAUGGGCAAAGAGUAAAGCCAUAUUUGGGUGGUCCUAUUGAUAUAGUCAAGACCAUCAUCCACUACAACCUUUGUGAAGAAGAAGCAAGCGUCCGACUAAUUGACGUUAACGACAACGCUAUUUGGGAGACAUCCCAAUAUAUUAUUGUGAAUUGGGUGGUUAAGAGCUCUAUUGUCUAG